GCGCCCCGGGAGCGGGGCCGGGACGGGAGCCCCGCCAUGUCCAAGCUGCUGCCGGCUCAGGAAGCGGCCCGGAUCUACCAUACCAACUACGUGAGGAAUGCGCGGGCCAUGGGAGUGCUCUGGGCCCUCUUUACCCUCUGCUUCUCCAUCCUGAUGGUGGUGACCUUCAUCCAGCCGUACUGGAUCGGCGACAGCAUCGACACGCCGCAGGCCGGCUACUUCGGCCUCUUCUCCUACUGCAUCGGCAACGCGCUCACCGGGGAGCUCAUCUGCAAGGGCAGCCCCCUCGACUUCGGCACCAUCCCUUCCAGUGCCUUCAAAACUGCCAUGUUCUUCGUAGGCAUAUCCACCUUCCUCAUAAUUGGCUCCAUCCUCUGCUUCAGCCUCUUCUUCUUCUGUAACGCAGCCACUGUCUAUAAAGUGUGUGCCUGGAUGCAGCUGGCAGCAGCUACUGGGCUGAUGAUUGGCUGCCUGAUCUACCCUGACGGCUGGGACUCGAGCGAGGUGAAGCGCCUGUGUGGGGACAAGACAGACAAAUACACGCUGGGUGCCUGCACCGUGCGCUGGGCCUACAUCCUCUGCAUCAUUGGCAUCCUCGACGCUCUCAUACUGUCCUUCCUGGCCUUUGUGCUGGGGAACCGGCAGGACAACCUCCUCCCAUCCGAUUUCAAAGUGGAAAAUAAAGAAGAGGGAAAUGACUGACAGAGCUCAUUACCACGGAGACCCAGAGCUCUUCUUUCAUCAGCUCUUUUCUUUAAAGUGACUUUUCUAGGAGAUUUAAACUUACCAAAUUCUGUGGAUUUUCUACAACUGUUUUCUUCACCCAUGGGGCUGCUCUUGGCUCACAGCUCUCGUGGAGUUUAUUUGAUGGGAAGAGCCCAAACUGGACAUGGGGUCAUCAGCAAGAUGGGUCCUGGGCAAGAGGGGAAUGACAGUGAUUUGCUGCUUUUUUUGUGGGGUUUGUACACCUUCUUUCAAGGAAAUUACUUAUGAAUAAAAAGUAAAAUAAAAAUCAGUGUUUUGGA